AGUUUCUUGGUUGUUUGCGGGCGCGGUAAGUGGGCGGUUGGGAGCUGCUAGUUGGUUGUACUUAAAUAGGAAUUUUCACAUCGGAGAGCUAAGGAAAAAUGUCUUGUUUGGAGUAUGGUUCGCACAGGUACGACGACCUGCCGCUUGAGAUUGUUUUGAAAAUUUUCAGCUAUCUGGGCUACUCGGACCUGCAGGCGGCAGGAUCCACUUGCCAGAGAUGGCAUGCAGCACUGGACCAGGCGGAGUUUAAUAUGCGCACGCGCGUGUGUUUCUCCAAGGUGGUGCUAUCAGAUCAACUCAGUCCCGGGCUGGAUCUAAUGCGUUGCGAGCGCCGCUUUAGGCAUUUCCUGUUCGAGGACGUUACACUGGGCCAGGUGAAGGAGCUGAUGCGGUUCAUGGGCAGGACCGCUGAAUCUUUAGCCCUGGACAAUGUGGACCUAAACGACAAACAGUUCUACGGCAUGCUAGGCGUCCUUCCACAUCUUCGUUCGCUGUCGCUGAAGCGCUGCCUGCCGCUUUUCAUGUCCGGCUCCUUCCUGGACUCGUACAACAACUCCUGCCCCGACCUGAACGACCUGGCCAGCAACCUAGCCGGAAUCAAGGAGCUAACGUUGUGCGAGAACCAGUACCUCACCGACGCCAUACUCAUGCGGCUCACCUCGUUUAUGCCCAGUCUGGAGGCGAUUAACAUGUCCGGCUGCCACAUAGCCUUUCACAAUGCUAUUCAUAGGAGGUUUUACCCAGCCACCAGCUCUUCAGAUCAUGUUCUGCCCAGCGAAUCUGUUCUGACCUUUAAGUUCAUCCUGACCAUCUUGAACCUGCAGCGACGCACUCUUCGCGUUCUGGACUUUAGCCACACGCUAAUUGGGCAGGCUUUGCUGACCCUCAGCGAUCUUAAUCUCCAGCUGCAGCGACUCUAUUUGUCCGGAUGCAGGCAGCUCAAUUGCGCGACAAUCCGGAACUUUCUGGCCUCACAGCCCCAGUUGAGUGCCCUGGAUUUGUCAGGCACACUGUGCGUGAACGAUGACAAUUUGGCCGCGCUGGUGCAAACGAAUCCGCAGUUGGAAACCCUGAAAAUCAACGGUUGUCUGAGUGUCACAAACACUGGCGCCAUCCACCUCGCCAAGCUGAAGCGCCUUAAGAGCCUGGACGUCUCCAACUGCGACAACCUGACCAGUAGCGGGAUCAUCGAGGGCGUGGCUAGCGAGGAGAACCAGGUGAUGGAGGAGCUGAAUGUGUCAUAUCUGCAAAUCUGCGAGGAGUGCAUCAAGGCUAUUGCGAGUAAUAUGCGCUCCCUGCGAUACCUGCACUUGAAUCACUGCGUCAAUGGAGCCACUGAUGAGGCUAUUCAGUCGGUUAUCGGUCAGUUGCGUUGGCUGCGUGAGCUUUCCCUUGAGCAUUGCAACGGGCUGACGGAUGCAGCUCUCACCGGCAUUAACAUAUCCAAGCUGGAGAUGAGUCGCAAGCAGUCCGGCUCGCAGGCCUCUAUGGACAACUUUUAUCCGCCGUAUUGCAACACACUGGCGGAACGCGACACUCUGGCGGGAUCGCUUCAAUCCAUCAAAAUAUCUCUAAGGAGUAAGGCCGAAGAUGAGAUUGUGCGGGAUGCGAGAAGAAAGCAGGCAAUGCUGGCCGCCUACGAAAUGAACCUAAUACGCGACGACGACUUUGAGGGUCACAACAUACAGCAAUUGCGGGGAUUGCGGUCGUUAAACCUGCGCGGUUGCAACAAAAUCAGCGAUGUAUCUUUAAAGUACGGCCUGAAGCACGUUGAACUAAAGAGGCUGUUGCUGUCCAAUUGCCAGCAGAUCUCGCUGCUGGGCAUGGAGGCAAUGGCCAGCAGCUGUCCUUCCAUUGAAGAACUCGAUUUGUCCGACUGCUACAACAUCACGGACAAGACCAUUCAGGUGGUCACGGCCAAGUUGCCUAGGCUGCGGGCUUUGCACAUAAGCGGAUGCAGCCAGCUUACUGAACACACGCUGGACGCCAUAAUCACCAAUUGCACCUGCCUGCAGACGCUGUCCAUCUACCGCUGCCGCAGCAUGUACACGGAUUUGGAGGAGCGCCUCUCCGGCGUAAAGACGUUGCGCAAUCUCAACAUGGACAAUCUGACGAGCAUCGACAACGCCGAGUUUUUCCGUUUAAAAAAGCGACUCGAUUACUGAUAUUUUGCCGCCAUCUUUAUUGUCCUGAUUUUGUACUACUUUCAGUUGUACAACUUCCGCUAGUCAAUCGCCCCAGCCGCCGGAUCAGCGCACAUAUAGUUAUUUUUAUCGAAAGGCCCCCGCAGCGUGGCUAUAGAUGUGAAAGCUUUAGUCAAAUAUACCUACAUAUAUACAGCAGAUAUAGAGGUAUAUGCAUACACACUUAAACAUACACUUACCGCGCACUAAGGUUUGGAAAAUUACAAGUCUCGAUUGUAAUUAUAUUCAAUUGUCAUACGUAACGUUUGUCCACAUUCAACUGUGAUUUUUUGUAGAAUAUGACUUAUAUGUUAAAUGUACACGAUUGAAAUGUAUGUGAUCAUUUGGUAAAGUUCGAAUGGUUUUUGUUAUUGUUGAGCGUUGAAAUUGAGUUAACUUGUAAAUAGUUGAAAAUUAGUUAGUGAAAAAGCCACAAAUAUAAAUGUUUCAAAAAUAAACCAACUAAUGUUAAAUGUCAAAUCCCA